ACUUCCCAUCAUUUUGGUUUUUUAAUACCUGAGGCUUAUAAUUCAGUCUACAGAAGAACCUAUACGGACUUGUCUUGUCUCGCUCCAUAAACUCGGUAUAUACAUCUAUCAACAACUAUGUCUUCACCUAGCGCCGGUAAGCGCCGUAUGGACACAGAUGUCAUAAAAUUGAUAGAAAGCAAACAUGAGGUUACCCUUUUAAAUGGCUUGAAUGAGUUUUGUGUUAAACUCUAUGGACCACGUGGUACUCCAUAUGAAGGUGGCUUAUGGAAAGUUCGAGUUCAUCUUCCAGAACAUUAUCCAUUUAAAUCUCCUUCAAUUGGCUUCAUUAAUAAAAUUUAUCAUCCAAAUAUCGAUGAAGUGUCUGGUACUGUUUGUCUUGAUGUCAUCAACCAAGCAUGGACUGCCUUGUAUGAUCUGCUUAAUAUUUUUGAAUCAUUUCUGCCCCAGUUGCUUGCUUACCCAAAUCCAAUAGAUCCAUUAAAUGGUGAUGCUGCAGCUUUGUAUUUGCAUAAGCCUGAACAGUAUAAAAAGCGUGUUGAAGAAUAUGUAAAGAAAUAUGCUACAGAAGAAGCGCUCAAAGAUGAUGGAAAUGCUGGUUCAGAUAGUGAUGAAUCAUCUAUGUCAGAGUUUAGUGAAAGCGAAGCACAAGACAUGGAGCUAUAGCCAUCAUUUUUUAAAAAUUAAUAAUUUUUAUUAUUAUGUAUCCAGUUUUCGUUUGUUUUUACUAAUUUACUUAAAUUUUAGUUAAAAUUAAGUAGAUAUUGGUAGAUUUUUUUUAUGUUGACCACAUCUUCACAUAUUUGGAGAAGUAAUUUUGUAGAUAUCUUUUUUAAGGACAAACAAAUUAAUUUGUGAUAUUCAAAGGAAAAAAUAAUAAUAUGUCAAACUUUAAACCCAUUUUUAUUAGAUUAAUACAUGUAUGUUAUUCCAGACAAUUCUUGAAAUUGUUGCUUGGCUGUGUUGUACAAUCUGGAAAUAUUUGUUAAUAAAUCUCUAUAAAUAACAUAUAUAAGAAAUCAACUUA